UAAUUUACUAACUACACUAUCUAGCUAGGCAAGAAAGAAUUGCAGAACGGUCAACAGAUUUAGCCAAGUAUUUUUGACCAGAAAGUUUUGGGAUUGUCAACUCGUCAACUUCUUGCCAUGACACCCCAGUCGAAUUGGGCGCGAAAUUAGCAUGGAAAUUUAAUGGGGAAGCUUAUGUUAACCAAAUUACAGCGUAAUGAAUAUGCGUGAUCGUUCAGUUAAGCGGAUUGACCACCGGAGCCGCUUUCCAGUGUUGUGUGAGCACUGGUCAGUGAUUCACAGUACACCAUACAGUGGACAUGGAGGAGUUCUUCGAAGACACCGAGAUAUUCGUGACGGGCGGAUCGGGAGUGGUAGGCAAGGCGCUAAUCGAAAAGCUACUGCGGUCCUGCAAUGUACGACGCAUAUAUAUACUCCUGCGUCCUCGAAAGCAACUAACGGCAGAGCAGAGGCUCCUCCGACUACGCCAGGCCACUGUUUUCCAUGUGCUGGCCGUCGAGAAGCCACAUGAGCUAGAUAAAAUAGUGGCGGUGCCUGGAGAUGUCUCCCUGCCAGGACUGGGCAUCCAUCCAACGAUGAUGCAGCGUAUGAAUAAGGUUUCCCUGGUGUACCACUGUGCGGCUACCGUGCGUUUUGAUGAGCCACUCCGUGUGGCUUUACGGCUGAAUGUAGGUGGCACCUUUGAGGCUCUCAAGUUCGCAGAGACUCUGCCCAAUUUGAGGGCCUUCGUCCACGUAUCCACCUUCUACAGUAAUCCCUAUUUGAAGCGGGUGGAGCCUAAGUACUACUCCUCGCCGAUGGACUGGCAACAGUGUCUACGUCUGCUCGAUGAAGUCCCAGACGAUGGGAUGCUCAAUGCCCUCACAAGAAAGUUGAUUGUGGGCUUCCCCAACACGUAUACCUUCACUAAAAACCUGGCUGAAUCCUUGGUGAAUGAAUACCGCCAUCGCUUGCCGGUAAUAGUGUACCGUCCAUCCAUAGUUCUUUUUGCGGUGGACGACCCAUCGCCUGGUUUUUCACCCUCUUUGAUGGGAGCCAUGGGACUGUUCGCAUUAGUGGGCGCUGGAAUCCUGAAGACCGUUUACCUGGGCAGGGACAUUCGUCUGGACAUCACGCCGCAAGACAUUGGCAUCAAGAGUAUGUUGUGCUACACAAAGCGGGGUUACGAGAUCUAUAAGCAGGGUCCUCCAGCCGAGCUACCUGUUUACCUAUCCUCCUCCUGCACCCACGUGCCGCACACUUUUACUCAGAUUGCCGAGCAGAUGGAUACGCUGGACCUGUGGAAAGAUGUUGCCUUCGAAAAGAACCUGAUGAUACCAGGUUGUCACUACACAGACAGGCGAUGGGUCUAUCAGUUCCUCGUCUUCACUAAACAGAUUUUGCCCGCCAUGAUCAUCGAUCUGCUCCUGAGAAUCUUUGGACAGAAGCCAGUACUGAUGAGUGCGGUUCGUAAGGCAUACCAAACGCUGGAGGUGAUGCAGCCCUUCAUGUUCAACAACUACGACAGUCCCGGGGUAACUGACAUGGAGAUAUUGUACAAGGAGAAUAAGGGCACCGCUUUUAAUUUAGAUGCCUUCCACCAUCCGGAUAUCCAUGGCCUGGUUAUUAAAUCCUGCGGGGAAAUGCUCUUUAGUAUCCGAACGCAUUUACUUCGGGAAGAUCCAAAAACCCUGAAACGCUCCGUUUUCAUCCUAAGGACCAAGGUUAUCCUCUACCGGUUGUUCCGCAUAUUUCUGCUCUACAAACUCGUGCUCUGGAUCUGGGCGAGAUUUUUGACGCAGCUUCUUUAGAUAAUAUUCAUAAUAUUACUUUUAUUUUGUUACAUCAUAGUUUCAUUUUUUUUUUUUGGUAAUCUAAGGCGUGUCGAAUUUGAAGUCAGUUCAUUAAAAAUAUAUUUUGUUGUGUUGAUAAAUUA